ACAUGAUCAUAAUGGAGUGUGUUUGAGUGUGUGUUGGAGGCAGACUUUGCACCUUCAGGUCCAAAAACUUUCUGAUGAAUCCAGCAUGAGGCUGAAAAUCCUCUUCACCUUCGUCCUAAACGUCUCCAUCUGCUGCGCUGCGUCAGGUGAGGGAACUAAGUUUUAAAAAAUGUUUAAAAAGUCAAAUUGAAAAGUCAUCUUUAUUUUAGAAGUGAGAAAUAAUCAGAGGGCGCAAAUAAAGAGUUAACAUCUACGCUGCUAACAACAACCUGCUAAACUCUGCUAAACAUACAGAAUUGAACAGUUAGCAUGUUUACUUGAUGAUAAAAGUUAAGAUACAAUAAGUUAAUGGAUAAUAUCUAAACUAUUUAUCAAUCUAAAUCAUUGCUUAACAAAUAAAAUAUUGAUCUUUCCAAAAAUAUCUAACUAGGUGGUUUAUCGGAGGGGGCGGCAGAAGCUCUUAACACUGGUUACCAACUUUCAAAAACAGGAAAUAGAAGAAGAAGAAGAAGAAGCAUCGAUAGAAGACUUACCAGUUAGGUCAAACAUGCAAAAAAAGGUCUUAACUUUUUAUAGUUAAUUUUUAACACCCGAGGAUGAGUUAAAAACAUUGUACGCCACAUCAGGAGUGCGAAUACAUCUAACGUUUGUAUUUUCUAACCGCUUAUGCAGCGGUUAACGCAAAGUCCUGUUACUCAAGAUCUACCGGAAAUAGCUUAUUUAAAAAUAAAAAAUCGUUCUGACAGAACAAGAAGUCGAUUUACCUGAGCGCAAGAGGGUUAAAAAAAAACAAAAAAACAAUGUGCUGUUUGGGUGCCACUCCUAUCCUGCAAACAAUAAAGAUCAUUAUUACAUUAUCAACUUGCUAAAUACCACAUACGCAAAUCCAAAUUCACGGAUCACAAUCCGUCGUUUCUAAUUUUUUAAAAGGAUCUCAAACAAUACUUCACAACUAUCCAAUAUUCAUCAAACAAAAAAGCUAAUAAAAACACAGUUAUGCAUUUAUAAAGUAUUUUAUUGAAUUGAACUAAUAACAAUGCAUUGUUUUCUAUCGGAAUACUGUGACCCCCUGGCAUUAUAUUGUUCUUCGUUUUGUGUUUUGAUGUAAUUCCUGACAUGUCAAUAAAGUCUGAGAAAAAAAAAAUAAAAAUAGUAAUAAAAUAAAAUAAAAUAAAUAAAUAAUAAUAAUAUAGAAUAAAAACCCCACCAAUAAGUUAAGGUUGUCCAUUUGCGCAGGAAAUUAAAAAAACAAUGAAAUAAAAUAAAUACAAAUACAAAUACCAAACCCCACCCACCCUCCCAACCUCCAUUCAACACAUACAGCACUUACACACAUCUUGAGUUAAAAAAGAUGAGAAAACACUGGAUCUCAGACUAAAACGUUAAUACUAUGAUAAAUGUAAUAAAGGUGAUAUAACUUUAAAAAGUAAUUAAAUAAAAAAAUGAAUGUCUUAGAUCUGCAGUAAAAACUUGAUGCUUCAUUUUGGAUUCAACGCGUCAGACAGUCAUGGUAACAAUCCUAUUAAAUAUUUCUCAAUAAUCAUGAGGUGGAUCUGCCUGACUGCGGCGGUCCUGGUCUGAACCAAAUCAGUGACAAGCACCAGGUGAAUGAAAAGUGAAUUCAAACUUGAAUGUUUUUGUGUGCUGAAGUCUUCCUGGAUCCAGAUCAGGCUCAUGGCGUGCUGGUCAGGACCCGUAGAUUUAACUCAGGCUGGUUUGAGGAGCUGCAGAAGGGAGACCUGAAGAGGGAGUGUUUGGAGGAGAAAUGCUCGUAUGAGGAGGCGCGGGAGGUGUUCGAACACGAUGAGAUAACGGUCAGAUGGAUUUUCCUUAAAGUCAAUUUUAAUUCAUUUUAUUUAUGAGUGAAUAAUAACACCAGUCUCUGUUUCCUCAGAAUGAGUUCUGGAGUACAUACAACGGUAAGCAAACAUGUUUACCUCCCACUGUUUAAGUCUUCAAUAUCAUAAGAAAUCAAUGAUCUGAAAUAAUAAAAGCCAAACACAUUGAAAGACUUCUUCGUUUAAAUAAUGUAACUUUUUUUACAUCCUGUAGUCCCAGACAGGUGUGAGUCGAGUCCGUGUCUGAACGGCGGCAGCUGCUCACCUCAGGGUUCAUCCUACACAUGUUUCUGUCUGCCUCAGUUCAGUGGGAUCAACUGUGAGCUCGGUGAGUCAGUUUAGUUUAAAGCAUCUUUAUCUGCUUUGUUAAAAUAUCCUUUGCCUUGUCUAUGAUGUCAAGAUAAAAGCUUGAGUUUUUCCUCAAGAAUAUCAGUACUCCAUUGAAAUAAGUCCUUCAUUGAAAUGCAAUAAACUGGCAGACAGAACAAUUAAAAAACUUGCUUUGAUAAGCCACAAUAUAUUUGGCACUGCUGUUUUGAGCUUUGGAGUUCCCCCAGGGCUCUGGUCUCGGUCCUAUUUAAUUUCAAAAUUAUUGCAUAAAGUUAUUAACAUUAAAUCUAAAAAAAUGUUUGCUGUUUGGCUCCCUAAGUAGUUGCAUAAAUGGAUCCUCUCACAUUUUUGAAAACAUAGACCCGGUCUUGUUUUUAGAGUACAUGAACGUCCUGAACACCUGCCUGCUGGAGAACGGAGGCUGUGACCACUACUGUGAUGAAGACCAGGGAGGACAGAAACUGAACUGCUCGUGUGCAGAGGGCUACACACUGAAUGCUGAUGGGUGGAGCUGUGCGGCGAAAGGUGGGAGAUCAAGACUUCGAAAAAGAUGUUGAAAAAAGGCUGCAGGAGGUGUCAACUCAUAGAUAUCCAAAGAUUCACUAAAAUGGAUUUUCUGUCAUUAAAAGAUAAAUUGAAUCUGAAUUUUUUUUCCUAGUUUUGACCAUGAUUUGAUAAACAGAAACUUCUGGUUUAAUUUCUGUCAGAAUAUUUUAUACUUUUGCAGGAAAACUCCCUCCCUCCUGCACAGGGCCUCUUUGAACCUUUACACCCUCAGAUUCACUGAACUGACCUGCUUGACAGUAAAUAAACCAGACUGGAUGAGUGGACUUUGGCUUCUUUGUCAUUCAAAGAGACACAGCAAGAACAAAACAGUAUUUAAAGACAUUAUUUAAAGUUCAAUACUCUGUUUAAAUUUGCACAAGGCCCAUGAGGAUGAAUAAAUACUUUAAAACAGUGACCCUGGUUGACCCCUGUGGGACACCAUGGCUUUACAAUUUGAAAAAACAGCAAAAGAAUUCCUCUGAUAAUUCUGCUUCAUAAUCUAAAAUUUAUGUGACAUUUUGGUCUUUUUUGUUUGAGUUUUUAGAACCGAUAGCGUGCGGUAUGGUCCCCGUCCUGCAGGGUGAAACCAAAGCAGAGCAACUGGACUCCAGAGCUCGAAUCGUGGGAGGGACAGAGUGUCCCAAAGGUGAAUGCCCCUGGCAGGUACGAUGACGCUAAAGUUCACCCAUGUGUACUUUGUGCACGUUUACUCUCGUUUACUUCACUUUUUAAGAAUGAUCGUCGGGUUGAUGUCUGAAAACAAAGACUCAGUGGAAACCUGAGAUUCAGCAUGUUUGGUUUUGAUGAAAACUCAGACAGCUGAAAAUAUAAUCCUCCAGUUUAUCUUUUGAAGGUUUUGCUGGUUCAUAAAGGCAAAGGUUUCUGUGGAGGAGUGAUUUAUAAGCCUACAUGGAUCCUCACAGCUUCUCACUGCAUGGAUGACACUGAUGUUCAGUUCCUGCAGGUGGUUGCAGGUACGAAAAGAGUAAAUAGGAUUUAUUUUAAAAUUUAGAUGAAGAUCCUCUUGGAGGAUUUUUAAAGAUUUCCUCCAUUAAAAUGUUUGGAUUCCACUGUUCUGUGUGUCCCUGCUCUUCGCCUGUCAGGCGAGCACAACACGGCCGUGAAUGAGGGCACUGAGCAGACCAUCCAAGUCGCUGAGAUCAUCAUGCACGAGAACUACGUGAAAAGCACCGCUGACAGCGACAUCGCCCUCCUCCGCUUGGCGUCGCCAAUUGUCUACAACACAUACGCUGUCCCGGUUUGCAUGCCAACCCGCCCUCAGGCUGAGCGUGAGCUAUGGGCCGUGCACCUGCACACGGUGAGCGGCUGGGGGAGACGGGGCGAGAACGGACCCACCUCCACUCUCCUGCGGCGGCUGAAGGUGCCAAGGAUCCGGACUCAGCAGUGUGUCGAGGACAGCGGCGUGGUGCUCACUGAUAACAUGUUCUGCGCCGGGUACAUCGAAGGCCGGCAGGACUCGUGUAAAGGUGACAGCGGGGGCCCGCUUGUCACCGAGUACAAGAAGACGGUGUUCCUGUUGGGAAUCGUGAGCUGGGGAAAGGGCUGCGCUCGACCAGGAAACUACGGCAUCUACACCCGAGUGUCUAACUACCUGGAAUGGAUCCAGAAUCAUACAGCGGCAGCAAGCCCACCAAUUAACGUCAUCGAGGGGGCGCUGCACAACCUGACGACCUGAGAGACAAAAAAACAUGAUUGUUCUCAUAUUUCCAUUUAUUGUCAAACUGUGUCUUUACCUUCAUCUUUCAUUCUUAAUUAUAAACAUCAGUCCGAUCAUGUUUUUUAACAGCCUCUGUAAAUCUGGAGCUUUUAUUUCAAACACUGAGCAACAUUCAGGCUUUUUUAAUGAUUGAACAAACACAAAGUCUGAACAGUGUUUCAAUCUUAUCACACUCAGAGGUGAACACAUAUUUAAUAAAACAUAUUUAUCAGUCCUCACUGCAGUAAAAUGUUUAUUUUGAAUCUUUUUUUAAUGUAUUUUUUCUUAAUUUUGGCUCAGAAACAUUAUUCUGAAUUUUAUCUUUGCUCACGCAGUCUGGUGAAUUUCUCCCUUUCCUAACUCCUGACAGACUUAGCCUCCCCUGAAUGCCUAUUUAAUAUCCGGUCAUGUCGUAUGUACAUAGUACAGUUCUCACACUCACACAUUAUGGUGCUCACUGUUGCAAAAAAUAGUACAGUGCACUCCCAAUCUUGGUGUAAAACACAAUUGACACAGGAUUUUCUCUCUGUUAAAUAAAGAAAAUGAUCAUAAAAAUUUCAUAGUACAGUAUGAUAAAAAAGUUAUAGUAUAAUAUGAUAAAAAAUGUCUCAGUAUAGUAUGAUUAAAAAAACUAUAGUAUAAUAAAAGGUCAUAGUAUAGUAUGAUAUAAAAAGUCAUAGUAUAGUACGAUAAAAGUGUAUGUUAAAAAUAUCAGUAUAGUAAAAUAAAAAUGUCAGUAAAAAAAAUUAAAUUGUCAGUUUAGUAUGAUAUAAAAAUGUCAUAGAAUAGUAUGAUCAAAAUGUCAUAAAAAUGUCAUUGAAUAAUAUGAUAAAAAACUAAAGUAUGAUUAAAUGUCAUUGUAUAGUAUAAUAUAAAAAUGUCAUCGUAUGGAAUGAUAUAAAAAUGUCAUAGUGUAGUAUGAUUAAAAAUGUCAUUGCAUAUAAUGAUAAGUCAUGUAUAUGUCAUUGUAUAAUAUGAUAAAAAAACUACAGUAUGAUCAAAAUGUCUUUGUAUAGUAUAUUAUCAAAAUGUCAUCGUAUGUUAUGAUAUAAAAAUGUCAUAGUAUGUAUGGUUAAAAUGUCAUUGUAAAGUAUAAUUAAAUUGUUGUAGCGUAGUAUGAUAAAAAAAA